AUGAGGGAGACGACGUACGCGGGAGUGGGGAGUAUAAAGGCGGGGGUGCGAGUAGUGCUAGUGGUGCGAUAUUUCACCCCCCAGAAUUCCCAUAUCCUAUCACUAAUUCUCACAUUACAAUCUCAAGGAAAACUACUACCAACCCCUUCCCAGCUCCUAAAGCUCCUCCUCCCGCUACAACUCACCGGCUCCUCCCACCCAACCGACCCCCCUCUCGCCCUGCUAGUCCACCCCCUGCAACCUCUCUCCUACCUCCAAUGCCUAAUCCAAGCUGAGCUCCCACCGAUAACUUCCCCCAACUCGGCCCCCCGCGCUCCAAGCAUCUCCUUCAAAGCCGUAGACCUCGGCGAUACCCUCCUUGAAGUACACACCAACACCAAAAGCAGAAGGAAGCUCCAGUCUCUGGGUGGCUGGAAGGGCGAGGGUGGGGCCGAAACAGUCGGGGGGCUCAGUUCCCUUAGUCCCUCCGAGAGAUCGGGCAAGGGCGGAUACGUGCGCUGGUCCGCGUCUACGGAAGUAGGCGACUUUGUCCGCGACGUGGCGAGGGGCACAGAGUUUGUCAUCGAGAUUGAAGGAAGCGAUGAUGUGCCCGUCAGCAUGCCCAGCUUUAGGCAGCGGACGCAUUACCUCCGCCAGCGACUUGUCGCCGCGGCGAGGGAGAUUGAGCUACAAUCCAGGGUCGAGUCUGGAUCUGACGGGGCUGCACAGAGGGUUGCUAUUAGUGGGUUUGCGGGAUUGGUGGGGUGGUGGGUGGGGGUUUACUGGCUGACGUUUAAGACUGGUUUGGGGUGGGAUGUCAUGGAGCCGGUGGCCUACCUUGUCGGCUUAUCCACCGUCAUUGUCGGAUAUCUCUUACUCCUUUACGGUGGCCGCGAGGUUCCCUGCCGGUCUGUCCCGCGUAUGGAUGUGUCGAAACGGCGGAUGAAGCUCUACCGAGAGAAGGGGUUCGGUGUUGACAAGUGGCAGGAGUUAGUCAAUGAGGGCAGGGCUUUGCGCAAAGAGAUUAAGGCCAUAGCAGAAGAGUACGACGUCGACUGGGAUGAGCGGAGUGAUGGAGUUGGUGGAGAUAAAGUCAUCAAUCCUCUGGCUGAAGGUGCAAGGGGCGGAGAAGGGGAGGGUCGGGGAACGCAGAAGUGGUAG